CGCAACGACGCUGCCGACGCUUGAGGAAGUCAUAGACAAGAAUCUAAAGCGAGGACGUGAAUUAUUCUAUAAAGAUUUGGAGUUCAGCCUUGAGAGUGGUGUAGAUGAAUCAGCCAACAAAGCUAAGCUACAAUCGAAACUAGCAGAUGAAUACAAAGGUGCACAGAACCUUCCACCUUCUCUCGCCGCACAGGAAGGUCCAAGAGGAAAGAAGAGUCGCAAAGCAGAUGCAGAGGAUAUAUCCGCACAAACCCAGAAAGCUAUCGAAGGAUCAACAUCGAGAAAACCAGACGAACAGUCACUUAUUCUGCACAAAUCAUUCCCUAAGAAUGUCAAUGAAUCAGCCAGUACCAGCACCAACGGCAGUAGCUCUAUAGUAAAUAGCUACAAUAACUUUGAAGGCACAAAACUUAGCCAGCAACUGAUGAAAAUCAAGAACCAGACGCAAGCCAAACCAGAUUACCACCCACAAUGGAAGCUCAUGCGUGUUAUAUCUGGGCAUCUUGGUUGGGUACGCUGUGUUGCUGUGGAACCUGAUAACAAGUGGUUUGCGACAGGUGCAGGCGACCGGACGAUAAAGAUAUGGGAUCUCGCUUCUGGAGAGCUCAAAUUAUCACUUACUGGUCAUAUAUCUACCGUACGUGGUUUGGCAGUAUCUAAUAGACACCCCUACCUCUUCUCCUGUGGUGAAGACAAGAUGGUUAAAUGUUGGGAUUUGGAAAGCAACAAAGUUAUACGUCACUACCAUGGUCAUUUGUCAGGUGUUUACGCUAUGGCAGUACAUCCAACUCUUGAUUUACUCGUUACAAGUGGACGUGAUUCUGUCGCGCGUGUAUGGGAUAUGCGUACGAGAGCACCUGUUCAUGUUUUAACAGGACACAAAGGCACAGUCGGUGCUGUGGCUACCCAAGAUGCUGAUCCACAAAUUAUAACAGGAUCGAUGGACUCCACUGUGAAGCUAUGGGAUCUUGCAGCAGGUAAAGCAAUGACUACGCUCACCCAUCACAAGAAAUCUGUAAGGAGUCUAGCAGUACAUCCAACUGAAUACUCUUUCGCAAGCGGUAGUGCUGGUGGAAAUAAUAUAAAAAAAUGGAAAUGUCCAGAAGGUCAAUUCGUACAUAAUUUCAGUGGACAUGACGCAGUUAUAAAUAGUUUAUCCCUCAAUGCAGAUGGCGUACUCUUUUCAGGUGCUGAUAAUGGUAGCAUGUCGUUCUGGGAUUACAAAACCGGUUUACCAUUUCAAUCAAUGUCUGACAUCCCUCAACCAGGUUCUCUUGACGCUGAAGCAGGUAUUUUCUGCUCAACCUUCGAUCAAACAGGUUCACGUCUUAUUACAGGUUGCGCAGAUAAGACUAUCAAGAUGUACAAAGAAGUGUCGUAAUUUUUGCUUUUUAUGUAUUAUAUUACUACAAAAUAAAUUAUGUGCUAA